AUGGUCUGGGCUGCCCCUCUCCGAGCCAACUGCCGUCAUGGCCAGGGCAAGCUAUCAAAGUCAAAAAACGCCCUCUCAGCAGCUGUAUUGGGGUUGAAACAUACUCAAUUGGCCCGGAUCAGGUUUGCACGGAAUUAUUCGAGUGACCAUGCCCAUCAUGAAGCGCGGAUUGAAAAUGUCCGCAACAUUGGCAUCAUUGCCCAUGUCGACGCGGGCAAAACAACUACCACGGAGCGCAUGCUGUACCACAGCGGUCGGACUCGUCACAUCGGGAAUGUUGAUCAUGGAAACACCACAACCGACUUCCUCCCCAUGGAACGAGAGCGAGGUAUCACCAUCCAGUCGGCUGCCGUGACCUUCCAGUGGCCGCCCAAGGGCCUCUGCCCGCCAGACCACGAGCCCAAGACGAUCAACCUGAUCGACACUCCCGGCCAUCAAGAUUUCCGCUACGAAGUCGACCGCUGCCUGCCCAUUCUGGACGGCGCGGUGUGUAUCUUGGACUCAGUUAAGGGCGUUGAGACUCACACCGAGCGUGUCUGGGGGUCGGCCCAGCUGUCCAAGAUUCCCCGGCUUCUAUUCGUCAACAAGCUAGACCGUGAUGGUGCCAGCUUCCGACGUUCGGUGCUUGAGGUGGCCUCCCGACUGCGGACCUGGCCGUUGCUCUGCCAGAUCCCUUGGUGGAAUAAGGACGAGUUUAUUGGUGUGAUCGACGUCAUCCACCAACACGGCUUCAAAUUUUCUAGCACGGGCAUUAUGUCUGUCGUCACCAAGCAGAGCCUCACAAACCACAACGACGCGCUGCUGGAGGAGAUGGAAACGGCUCGUCUACGUCUUAUUGAGACCCUCUCCGAGAAUGAUGACCAGAUCAUGGAGGAGUUCCUUGAAGUAGAAAAGGAUGUCCCGUCCUCCUCCAUCAAGGCGGCCAUUCGCCGUCUUAUCAAGGACGGGGAGGCCAAGUUUACCCCUAUCUUUGCUGGCGCUAGUCUCCGAAACAUUGGCGUACAGCCACUACUAGAUGCCGUGGUGGACUACCUCCCGAGUCCAGACGAGCGGCCACCGUUACAGAUCAUCGGAGGCGCAGCCCCGACGCUACCAGAGCUUCUCACGAAACCAUCCAAGAAAAAACGGGCGGUCACCCAACAACCGCCGAUCGCGGCCCUGGCCCACGUCUUCAAGGUGGUUGACGACCCACGCCGGGGCAUGAUGAGUUGGGUUCGCAUCUAUCACGGCUCCAUCGGGCGGAUGGCCCAUAUGUGGAAUAGCCACGUCCACGCCUUUGAACGAGCGCAACAUCUUCUUCAUGUAUCAGCCAAGGACCACCACGAAAUCCCAGAGUUACCCACCGGUCAUAUCGGGGCCCUGACCGGCCUCAAAUCAGCCCGCACAGGAGACACCCUCGUCACGUUCCCCGGCCACCAUGGCAACUCAGCGCCCGAAUCGUUCCAAAAUCUGCGGAUCAAAGCCCUCGAGACUCCCCCAGCCGUCGCUUUCAUCGCCAUCGAGCCGUACACGCGCACGGCAAGCGAAAAGAUAGAGGAAGCCCUCUCGAGGUUAUCCCGCGAGGACCCUAGCAUCCGGUGGACCAAAGACGAGAAGACGGACCACCUGAUCUUGUCUGGCAUGGGCCUGUUGCAUCUCGAGAUUGCCCAGGACCGACUGCUCACGCAUUACAAGAUCGACCGCGAGUCGGCCAUGUGGGGUGACAUCGAAGUCGAAUACUCUGAAUGCCCGCUGGCCUCAAGUAGCCCACACCGCACCGUCUAUGACCGCAGUAUCCGCGACAAGGCUGGCAAAGCCGGCUGCACAGUCACCAUCGAACCCUUCCAGUCAUCCCACGAAACAGAAGAAGUAGAAGAAGGGACAGUCUACGACGACAAACCCCGCCAUCACGACGGCCUUCUCGAAUUCCGCACCGAGCGCGACGGCAACCUAAUCCACAUCACUAUCCCCGUCGACCCCAAAGCCGAUCUCACAACCCUCCCCUUCGACCCAGACCUCGUCCGCCAACAGCUCUUCAACGGAGCCAUCGCCGGCCUCGCCCGCGGGCCCCGCCGAAACGCCCCCGUCCGCCGCUGUCUAGUCCACGUCACCUUCGACCCAGCCACCGAUUUCUUCGGCCCUGUUGCGUCCACAGGCGGACACAUCACCAACGCGGCCUUGUUCGCCGUCCGCGGCGCGCUCAAGGAAGCCCACAGCCAAGGACAAGUCGGUAUCCUCGAGCCGUUCUCCCACGUGCAGAUCUACUGUCCCGAGGAAGCCGGGCACGCCAUCCAACAUGACCUCGCUGCCGUUCGCGGAGGGCGUGUACUACAAGUCCGCAAGCCCGAAGACGAUGAUGCGGCCGCUGAUUUCGACAGCUCCACCACCCAAUCCCCCUCCAACAACAACAACAGUAACGACGGAGAAACACCCCCGAGCAUCACCAUAAUCGACACCAGCAAAGUAUACUCCCCGCCCGACCCGUACGAAUCUAUCCAGAGCUUGCGCGGCGCGAAGAAAGCGGUUGUGCGCAUGCUGAGUAUUGUGGCGGAGGCGCCGCUGAAGGAAAUGAUGAAGUAUGAUAGUCAUUUGCGCAGUAUGACUGGUGGACGGCAUACACUGCAGCUGGACCAGGGCGGGUUUGAGUUGGUUACGGGGCAGAGGGAGAAGGCGUUGGAUGUUUGGUAA